AGCCAAGCACAGGCUUGCUCUGUUUUUCUGGAAAUGAUUACGUUGCCAUAUUCUUCUCCUCUAUCUCCCGCCUCUACUUGCUUCCGAUCUAAACCCAAAUUCAGUACCAGCUGCUUCCUCUCUCGAAUUCAAAACAAUGAUUCUCCAACAAAACCAUCCAAUUUCGUCCCAUUCUCGGGAAAUCAUCCCUCAGUAACCUUGCAAACCCCAGACGAUAACUUCAAGCGAAGAGAGGCUAUAAUAGGUCUUGCCUUCGGAUUCGGCCUUUGCAAUGUUGCGCUUCACUCGCUGCCACAAGCCACGGUGGCGGCCGAAUCAGCAGCUCCGUGCGAACUAACAGUGGCUGCUUCAGGCAUCGCCUUCUGUGAUAAAGUUGUGGGAAAUGGUCCUCAAGCAGCUAAGGGGCAGCUCAUUAAGGCUCAUUAUGUUGGGAAAUUGGAGAAUGGGAAGAUUUUCGACAGCAGCUAUAAUCGUGGCAAGCCUCUUACAUUUCGCGUUGGCGUUGGGGAGGUGAUCAAAGGAUGGGAUGAAGGGAUAUUAGGAGGCGAAGGAAUACCUCCCAUGCUUACAGGAGGCAAACGAACAUUGAAAAUUCCUCCAGAACUUGCAUACGGCUCAAGAGGUGCUGGUUGUAGAGGAGGUUCAUGCAUCAUCCCUCCUGAUUCGACCCUGUUAUUUGACGUGGAGUUCAUAAGCAAGGCCUGAUUUGCUUAGUCAUCCGAUUUGCUACAAAAAUCUUCUCUUUUUUUGCCUUUCUCUCACUUGUAUUUUAAAUUAUAAUGAGCUUUUAUUAAAUUUUAUUUCAACUCUUGAUUUCUCAUAUAAAGGCAGCGACCUUUGCAUUGUAUUAAUUUUGUUGCUUGUAAGCUCAAGUAAAUCUAAUAGUAAUCAAAAAAUAAACUCCAGGCUUAUUUAAUACUA